GCCAGAUGGGUUCUGGCCAGGGCGGGGCCCUCUGUGACGUCACCAAGGCCCCGGCCCUGCCUGGUCCUCAGUCUCCAGAUGCCAGGGCAGACCAGCGCGCCUGGUCCUUGCUGCUCACCAUGCGGUCUGUGAUGUGGUUCUUUUUCUGGUCUAUGUGUGUGUCCUCCUUCUGUGCUUUUGUGUUCUUCUGUCUGAGAGAUGAGACCAUAGAGCUCCCCGGGAAGGUACCCUGCGGAAGGCACUUUCGAAUUCAGCAGAAUUUACCAGAGCAUGACCGAGGCUGGCUUGGCAGCAAGUUGCACUGGUUUUUUCUCCUCGUUGUGCUGUUUGUGAUACAGAAGUUUCCAGGAGACAGUGACGAGAGUACUGUGCAGACUCUUCCUACACUUCGGGGUGGUUCACUUGCCUCUUCGGGAAAGAAAAAUAAAAAGGCUUCCCCCAACAAAGACUAUAUGUUCGAUACCUUAAACCAGCUUGAGAUGGACCUUGUGAAAUUUGUGUCCAGGGUGCAGAAUCUGAAACUCACCACGGCAACCGGCAGUAACCUCAGUCUUCCCAGUCUCGAGGUACCUGCUGACAUACACAAUAACAUGACAAUACAUGAGUUAUGGGGUGACGAAGACUUCAAUGAAGACUCCGAGUGAAUAUGUGUGUCAAAGUAGAAGAGGAAAAGUUGAGUGUGGAAAAAGUGUAUCCAAACCAAUAAAACUAUUCUGAAGCAAAAGCAAAA